AUGACGUAUAGACUACUGGAAACAACAGUGGCCGCGUGCCUCAUAAUAUCUGCUAGCGCAGCACGCUAUCCGUACCCAACUCAAAAUAUCAGCAUCGAGAACUUAUUCGGUCCAUAUCUUUCCCCGGGCGUUGAAAUCGCCUCUUCGACUGAUUCAAACUUCUCCAGCGUUGUCACUGCACGAUGGACGAGCUGGGAUGCACCCACAUGGAUUGGGGCGAUCAAACCCGCUACAGAGAACGACGUGCAGGAAAUCGUGAAGAUCGCAAGUGCAAAUGGGAUCUCGUUUUUGGCAACAAAUGGAGGUCAUGGAGCUGGAAUAGGGUAUGCUAAUAUAUCUGGAAUCGACAUUAAUCUUUCCAGUUUCAAUACCGUCUCUAUCGACGUGGGAAGGAAUGAACUUACGGUUGGGGCUGGAGUCUUGAUUGGAGAUUUGAUUCAGCCGCUGUAUGAUGCUGGCCUGGCAGUUCCACAUGGAAACGAAGAAUGCGUGGGUAUGAUUGGAGCGACACUGGGUGGUGGUAUUGGAAUCGGGACAGGGGUUCUAGGCCUGGGUGUUGACUCACUCAAAUCCGUUCGCUUGGUCACAGCAGCUGGAAACCUGGUGACUGCCUCUUCAACGUCUCACCCAUGGCUUUUCUGGGCGACUCGUGGCGCCGGCGCGAAUUUUGGGAUCAUCUUGUCAGCAACAUUUGAGCUGCAGAACCAGAUCAACGAUGGCAACACGGUCCAAGGCAGCUUCAUCUUUGCUGGCGCAGAUAAUAGCUCAGUGUUUGAGCUUUACAAAUCAUUUGAUGAGGAUCUUCCCGAUGAACUGGCUAUUACAUUGGGUCUCUCAUACAAUCAAACCAGCCAAACCUCUGAGAUUCUAUUGAACUAUUAUUACUUUGGGCCACAAUCAGAGGCGCAGCCAUACCUCGAUGCUGUAGAGGCUUUGAGUCCUCUUACUAGCUCAAUUUCUGUUUUGACGGCACCAGAACUGUAUCAAGGAUUAGAAAAUGGCGAGUGCACAACCGGUGCACCUCUCAGCGGUGGCACUCUUGGAAUCGGCGAGACGGACAUCCCGACUCUUCAAGCUGUUUUUGCCGACUUGGUUGAAUUCAGUCAGGCAAAUCCUACAACUUAUAUUGGCCAGUCAGUUUUCCAGCGAUACAGCAACAGUCGCGCGCUCCAAGUAUCCUCCUGUAGCACUUCAUAUCCAUGGCGAGAUAUUAGGGCGUUCUGGCUCCAUUUGAAUGUCUUCCUCAGCCCAGAACUGGAGGAUGCGAGUGCCAAUCUCACCCUCUCUAUGCGUUCAAAGCUGCAAGCUACUAGUGGAUUCUCGAGCCCGCAUAUCUAUGUGAACUAUGCCUAUGGAGAUGAGGGCCCUGCUGCUUGGUGGUCGGCUGCUAAUUUGCCGAGGCUGCGUUUACUCAAAGCUCUUUGGGAUCCCAAACAUCUCUUCGGGAUGGCAAAUCCGAUUCCAGCUUGGGCAUAA